AUGACCGCUGCAGUGCAUCUGUCUGUUGCUAACAACUCGACAUGCGAUGCGUUUCGACCUCUACUUUUCUUAUUGACGUCAAAUGAAUCGCCGCGCCAGGCGAUGCACCCCCAUCAAUCUCGGUCUCUCUUUCCGGAAACCACAUUUAGCGAAAGCAAUCGAGAUGCUCCUUCCACAGUUUCUGGGUUGGCCACUGGACUGCAGCAAGUACCACAGCUCCAGCCUUCAGACCCCGUGUCUCUAUUUCCUUCCAGAUCGUCACAGCCUCGCAUACACGCUCCAUAUCCUCCUAUACCAGAGCCGGGCGCCUCACCAUCUUCUCAACCUUCUGAGCCAAGGUCUACUGUGCCGACACCGGGAUUCCAGUUUCACAGUACUGACUCGAGGCCGACCUUGGGAGCGCCAACUUCUCUCCCGGCUGCUGGCACGUCACACACUUUUCCAGCAUACUCAACACUGAAUAGCCAGAGUUCAAGGAUCGAUCCAGUCGCUCACCGUGGUGUGCGGUCGGACCCUGCACCCAUGGGAACUCUCCAGACCGCCCAAACAAGUACAAGCAGACGAAAGCGAUGCUCACUCUUCAUCAGACAGCAACCACGAGCUGCUCGAGCUGGUCCAGACGGAAAAGACAGAAGACCUGUUGAUCCACCCCCAAUACUUCAAUUAUUGAUGGACGAUUUCGACCCCACCAGCGAAGAGGACGUUGCAGAGAUAAGAAGCCAGUGGUGGGUUGUGCAUUGCAGAUUGGUAGGAGCGGAGUCCCCUGAGUUGGAUGUGAGCACAUUGCAUUACUUCCGAGACGAUGGACGGAAAGAACUGCAACGACUGCUUCUCGGUACCACGGUGGCCAACCCCACUCCCACGCAGGACGAUCCGGAUCCAGAAACAAUGCCUCAACACCCUAGGACACCACCUGCGCCUCCGAGCCCAACGUCAAGAUUCAUACCCAAUCCCUCUUCGAAGCUGCAAGACCCGCCACAAACCUACGCGGCUCGGAUACCUGGUUGUUUCUUCAUUUUUGCUGAUCUGUCUAUUCGUAGAGCAGGCGAUUAUCGGCUUCAGUUCAACCUCAUGAAGAUGGACCCAACACUCCUGACGCCAGGGUCACUUGUGCACUCGAUGGAUUCGGUAACCAGUGCUCCUUUCCGGGUUGUGAACGCGAAAGACUUUGAUCAAAUUCAGCCUAGCACCAACUUGGUAAAGGGUCUUCUGGAGCGCGGCGCAGGCUUUCCAUUGAAGUUGAAGAAAGGGCAAAGAGAAGGCCAAAGGCGGAGGAGGCAGCACUCUGGCGACGAAUCUGACGAAGACUCUUACUAUGAUGAGAAUUAGUGGACUAAUGUGAACAGGCGCAGUUAGUCCGGGGAAUGUGUUACGCCAACGACUAGCCACGAACGAACAGAGAGCCGAAACAACAGAGGACUCGGGGUCAAUGUCAAAAAAAAGUUGGACAACCAAAGCUACGUUGGUAAAGGGUUUUCUUACCGAACUACUCCAGCAUCGAGGCUACGACCUGGUUGGUUUCCAAUCAAGUCUUUCGCAUCACCUGUACAUGAUAAUGAUUGUGCAAAUUUCACGGCGAUGUCUGUUGACAGCCAUCGCGCAUGUGAGGGCCAGCACUGGAACGUCCAACGACGCCGACUUGUGGCGCGUCAGCCUAGACUAUUGGACAUGAUUGAACCACAGUAAGGCGGUACCGAGAAUACGAGACAGCUUGUCCGACCCUGUCACACACCACGU